AUGCCCCACGAUAAGGAGCAGCAACAGUGUUCCCAUGACAAAGGCCCUCAGCAGGGCCAUGAGCCUCAGGGCCAAGUGGCUGCCCAGGGCUCCCAGGCUGUGGAGGAAACACUGUCCUCCCUCAAUCCUGUGGCGACAAGCAGUAUGCAGGUGGUUCCUGUUGUUGAGGCCCCUGAAAAUCCUGGGGGUCCUCAUAGCGCUAGCUCCUCUUCCACUGGCAUUCAUGGUGCCUGUGGAGGUGAAUGUGAUGAGAGCUCUAGUAGCGAAGAAGAUGAGUCUACCCCAUAUACCAUAGAGGCUCUUCUGGAUAAGAAAGUGUCUUUUUUGAUGAAUCUCAUGCUGCUCCAUUAUCGACAGAAAGAGCCAUUAAGUAAGGAAGAUAUGAUGAAGUUUGUCAUCAGAGAGUAUGAGAUCCUGUAUUCUGCAAUCUUCAAGAAAGCCUGUCUGCGCCUUGAAGUUAUCUUUGGCCUGGAAGUGAAGGAAGUGGAUGCCACCAACCACUGCUUUGGCAUCUUCAUCAAAGAAGGCUUCACCUAUGAUGGGAUGCAGUGUGGAGAAGUGGGCAUUCCCAAGACCGGCCUCCUGAUAUUUCUUCUGGGUGUGAUCUUCAUGAAGGGCCACCGUGCCACUGAAGAGCACAUCUGGGAAGCUAUGAAGGAGAUGGAGAUCUGUUGUUGCAAGAAGCACUUCAUCUUUGGCAAUCCUAAGCAGCUCUUCACUGAUGAAUUCGUGAAGGAAGGGUACCUGAAGUACCAGAAGGGGCCUGAUAGUCAUCCUGAGAAGUAUGAGUUCCUAUGGGGUCCAAGAGCCUAUGCUGAAACCACCAAGAUGAAAGUCCUCGAGUUUAUGGCCAAGGUUCGUGGGACUGAUCCCACUGAUUUCCCAUCUCUCUAUGAAGAAGCUCAGCUUGAGGAACAAGAAAGAGCCCUCUCCCAAGCAUCAGGCCAUGGUGGUUAUGGUUCUGCAUCUACUGAAUGCUAG